ACCCUAUUGCAGCAUUUUUAAAGGCGAAAGUGAAAGUUAUUUUUAUGUAUUUUUAAAUUUAAAUCAAACAGUAGGGUUUCUGUUUAUACUGGGUUAUUUUACAAUUUUAUUGUUAUUUACAGUAGUUUCUUAUUUGGAGUAAAAUGUUUAGUGAGGAAUGAAAUAGAUUUAUUUUAUCAAAGAUUAUUGGAAAAAGAUUUGGUGGAAAUUAAAUUCAAGUAAUAACAACAAUGGGUUUUUUAACUUCUUCUACCAAACUUGAUUGCGUAGAACCAGAUAUCGUCAAAGACGUUCCCGAGGGAGCAAUCGGAACCCCAGAAACAUCUACAAGUAUUAAUUCAGUUCAUUCACAAAAUCUUCCGUUUAAAAAUACUUUAUCAAUAAAAAGUAUACUCGGUUACAUUGAACCUUUUUUUAACAUAUGUCGACCAAAAACCAUCAAAAAAGACAACAAUUGGGAAAUACCUUUUGAAGAUAUAAAAGAACUAGAAUGGAUUGGCUCCGGAGCCCAAGGUGCUGUUUUUUUAGGUAAAUGGAAAAGUGAAGAAGUUGCUAUAAAAAAAGUUCGAUCAGAAAAAGACACAUGCAUCAAAGACCUAAUAUAUUUGGAGCAUAAAAAUGUUGUAAAGUUCAGAGGAGUAUGCUCACAAGGGCCUGGAUACUCCUUGGUUAUGGAGUAUUGCCCUUUUGGACAGUUAUACGAGGCAUUAAGAAGAGAUAAGGAAGUAACUCCAACUCUGCUUGUUAAUUGGUCUAGACAAAUAGCAGAUGGAAUGGCAUAUUUGCAUUCUCAUAAAAUAAUUCACAGGGAUCUAAAAUCUCCAAAUAUUCUUAUUUCAUAUAAUGAUACUUUAAAAAUCUCUGACUUUGGAACCUGGAAACCAAUGUCUGAAAAAAGCACAAAUAUGACUUUUACUGGAACAGUUGCUUGGAUGGCUCCAGAAGUCAUUAGAAAUGAUCCAUGUUCAGAGAAAGUUGAUAUUUGGUCAUAUGGUGUGUUAGUUUGGGAGUUACUAACAGAAGAAAUUCCCUAUAAAGGUGUUGAUUACUCGGCAUUAAUAUGGGGAGUUGGUAAUAAUAGUUUGAAAUUGCCAAUUCCUAGCAGUUGUCCAGAGGGGUUUAAACUAUUAUUAAAUUUAUGCUGGAAUAACAAAGCGAAAAAUCGACCUACAUUUCGACAGAUACUUAUGCAUAUAGAUAUUGCUGCAACUGAUGUCUUAACAAUGCCAAAAAAAAAAUAUUUUAACAAGCAGUAUAAAUGAGAAACACAAUACCUUAGCCAAUACAAAUACAGAAUCCACGACAAAGAACAAUUUUAUUGCAUCCAUGGAUAUCGCCAGUAAAAAGGAACACAUAAAAAUAUUAAACGACAACUUACUUAUUGAACCUGAAUGCAAUUCAUUAAAGUAUUCAUUGAAACCAUCUACAAUUUCUUGUGCAGUUUCUUUUAACGAAAAGCUUUUUUCUGAUCCUAUAUGUCAUAAUAGACGUGUAUUAAAUUUAAAAGAGGACAUAAAAUUAGAUUCUGAAGUUACCGAAGAAUCUUUAAAUUGGAACUCUGAAAGGGAAUCUUUAAAUUCUAAAGAAGAAAACAGUGAAGAUUUAGAUAUAACUACUGAGUUGGAAUGGGACUUACAUGAAGAUUUAGGCAGGAUUCGAGAUUUCUUAUUUUUCUGCAGAUCUGCAGGCGCGAAAAAUCAUCAUUAUAUUAUAAUGUACAAAUUUAAAGGAAUAAUUUUAAAGUUCUGUUUAUAAAUAUUAAAAAUAUUGUAUAAAUGUUUCAUAUAAAAUGUUCAUAAGAUAUUUGAGACGUUGAUGUUUUGAGAAAUAUUAUUAGUAUUUUUUAUUA